ACAGAGUAAUUGAAUCAUGUGUGUUGUUGUUUAAAUAAAAAAUUCCAGAUAAAAUACAUACUUUCUUAUUAAUUUAUUUAAGAGAUGAAUAAAAAAAGGAAAUUUGACGAAGAGAGUGACGCCGCUCCGGCGGACAUUGAGGUGAAGAGAGUUUUGUCUCGUUUUAAAUCGGAUACUGGCGAAGUUCUACCUGGUGGAUUGUUAGACUUGCCAGUCAAUGUUACCGUGGACAAACUGCAAGCAAUUUGUAAUGCUCUACUGCGACACGAAGAAGUUCUACCUUUAGCAUUCUAUGUGAAUAACGUAGAAGUUACAGAUGUCUUAGAGGAAUGUCUCAGUAAAGACUUUAAUGUUAGUGAAGAUGUUGUCGAAAUUGUGUAUCAACUGCAAGCAGUGUUUAAAGUUAGAGCUGUCACAAGAUGUACUGCAUCUUUAGAAGGACACAAAGAAGCUGUUAUAUCAGUUGCAUUUUCACCUGAUGGUAAACAUUUGGCUAGUGGUUCUGGAGACACAACAGUAAGAUUGUGGGACAUCUAUACACAGACACCACAUUAUGUAUGCAAAGGUCACAGACAUUGGGUCUUGUGUAUCUCAUGGUCACCUUGUGGUACUAAGCUUGCUUCUGCGUGUAAAAAUGGAUCCAUUUAUUUAUGGAAUCCCAAUACUGGUGAACAAAUAGGAAAAGCUUUGACCGGACAUAAAAUGUGGGUGACAUCUCUGUGCUGGGAACCUUAUCACAGAAAUCCAGAAUGCCAAUACUUAGCAAGUUCGUCAAAAGAUUGCGAUAUCCGAAUUUGGGACACAAAGAGGGCACAGACUUGUCGCAUUUUAUCCGGUCAUACGAAAAGUGUGACCUGUGUUAAAUAUGGUGGAAGUGGUCUCAUUUACUCUGCUUCUCAAGACAGAACUAUCAAAGUGUGGAGAGCUGAGGAUGGUGUAUUAUGUAGGACUUUGGAAGGUCAUGCUCAUUGGGUGAACACUUUGGCUUUGAAUGUCGAUUACGUGCUCAGGACCGGUCCUUUUCAAUUAGAAUUAUCUGCAAAUACAACGGAUUCUCCAAUAGAGUGUGCGAGAAAACGAUACGAAGCUAUAGGUGAAGAAAAACUCGUGUCUGGAUCCGAUGAUUUCACGUUGUUCUUGUGGAAACCAGAAAAAGAAAAGAAACCCAUAGCAAGAAUGACCGGUCAUCAGCAACUUAUCAAUGACGUUAAGUUUUCACCUGAUGGUCGUAUAAUCGCAUCCGCAUCUUUCGACAAAUCGAUCAAGUUGUGGUCUAAUACUGGAACUUAUAUUGCCUCUUUGAGAGGUCACGUUCAAGCGGUCUAUUCGGUGGCAUGGAGCGCCGAUUCUCGUCUUUUAGUGAGCGGCAGCGCGGAUUCCACCUUAAAGGUGUGGUGUAUGAAGACCAAAAAAUUAAAUCAAGAUCUACCGGGACACGCAGAUGAAGUUUAUGCUGUCGAUUGGUCACCCGAUGGUCUCCGAGUUGGUUCAGGCGGAAAAGACAAAGUUCUUCGUCUUUGGCAAAAUUGAAUUUUAACACAAAUUAAAGUCAUUAAAA